CACACACACUUUUCCCAGGAGAACAGUGUCACACUAUUGAUAAUCAUUUUUGAGAAAAUAGCACAUAAGUAUGAAUUUGAGAGGUGUUAUCCAAACCUGGAUAACAAAGUGCCUUUAGUGUGUUACAAGCAGUGUGAGUUCCAGCCAGAUUAACAUGCAGAAGAGACCAUCGAAGUGUAGUGAAUGUGGAAAAUUCUUUACUCAGAGGUCAUCUCUUACCCAGCAUCAGAGGAUUCACACAGGAGAAAAGCCCUAUGUAUGCAGUGAAUGUGGAACUUGUUUCCGUAAACAGUCAAAUCUUACUCAACAUCUGAGAAUUCAUACAGGAGAGAAACCUUAUAAAUGUAACGAAUGUGAGAAGGCCUUUCAAACAAAAGCAGUCCUUGUCCAGCAUCUGAGAAUUCAUACUGGAGAGAAGCCCUAUAAAUGCAACGAGUGUGGAAAAGCCUUUUGUCAGAGCCCGUCCCUUAUUAAACACCAGCGAAUUCAUACUGGAGAGAAACCAUAUAAAUGUACAGAAUGUGGCAAAGCCUUCAGUCAAAGCAUAUGCCUUACUCGUCAUCAGAGAAGUCAUUCUGGAGAGAAACCUUACAAGUGUAAUGAAUGUGGGAAAGCCUUUAACCAGAGUGCAUGCCUCACACAGCACCAGAGAAUUCAUUCAGGAGAGAAGCCCUACACAUGUACUGAAUGUGGUAUAGCCUUCACUCAGAACUCUUCCCUUGCUGAACAUGAAAGAACUCACACCGGAGAGAAACUUUUUAAGUGUAGUGAGUGUGAAAAAACUUUCCGCAAGCAAGCACACCUUAGUGAGCAUUACAGAAUUCAUACUGGAGAAAAACCUUAUGAAUGUGUUGAAUGUGGGAAAUCCUUUAGGCACAGUUCAGCACUUGCUCGACAUCAGAGGCUUCAUGCUGGCAAGUAAAACUUGGAAUGUAAUGUGUGGAAUGAUUUGUAUGAAAACACUUUUCUCUAAAUUCCUCGGAGUUUGACUCAGUCUUCAGUUGGGAUGAAUAUUUUGUAUUUUUUGUCCUAAUAGUUAAGAAAAUAGGCCUCAGAACUAGUUAGUCUUGAGUUUGAUGCCUUCUCUGCCACUUAAUGGGUGUGUGACCUUAUCCUCUCUGAGUCUGUUUCCUACCCUCCCCCCCCAAAAAAAAAAGAAAAAUGGGGAUACUUUCUAGGGAUAUCUUGAGAAUAAAAUGAGUUGUAUAUGAUCAUUAA